UCCGCCUAGAGCUCCUUUCGGCGUCUCCCUGGCAUCGCAGCUGAGGCAGUCAGGCUGAGGAGGUAUGGAGGACACAGAGAACAGCUGAAGAGAUCCUGCUCAGAAGUUUGAAUACCCUGGAAGCUACCAUAACCCUGCUCCAGCCUUACAGAGACAAGCAAUGCCUGCAGGAAUGAACAAGCAUGGAUCUCGAUCUACUACCUCUUUGCCUCCGGAUCCCAUGGAAAUUGUCAGGAGCAAGGCCUGCUCCAGAAGGGUCAAGCUUAAUGUGGGUGGCUUGGCCCAUGAGGUUUUAUGGAGGACUUUGGACAGGCUACCACGGACUAGGUUGGGCAAGCUGCACAUGAUGGAGGAAAUGUGUGCCUUGUCCUUCAGCCAAGAACUGGACUAUUGGGGGAUUGAUGAGAUCUAUCUGGAGUCCUGUUGCCAGGCAAGGUACCACCAGAAAAAGGAGCAGAUGAAUGAGGAGCUCAAGAGAGAAGCAGAAACAAUGCGGGAGAGGGAAGGAGAGGAGUUUGACAACACCUGCUGUGCCGAGAAGAGGAAAAAACUCUGGGACCUUCUGGAGAAGCCCAAUUCUUCUGUAGCUGCCAAGAUUUUGGCUAUUAUUUCCAUCAUGUUCAUCGUCCUCUCAACGAUUGCUUUGUCACUCAACACUCUUCCUGAGCUCCAAGGCACUGAUGAAUAUGGACAUCCGACAGAUAACCCCCAAUUAGCCCACGUGGAGGCUGUCUGCAUCGCGUGGUUUACCAUGGAAUACCUCCUAAGAUUCCUCUCCUCUCCUAAGAAAUGGAAAUUUUUCAAAGGUCCGCUGAACGCUAUCGACUUGUUAGCCAUCCUGCCCUACUACGUCACCAUCUUCCUCACAGAAUCAAACAAAAGUGUACUUCAGUUUCAGAACGUGCGGAGGGUUGUUCAAAUAUUUCGAAUCAUGAGGAUCCUCCGAAUUUUGAAGCUAGCCAGGCACUCCACUGGUUUGCAGUCCCUGGGAUUUACUCUCAGGAGAAGCUACAAUGAGCUUGGAUUGCUCAUAUUGUUUUUGGCCAUGGGCAUCAUGAUCUUUUCCAGCUUGGUGUUUUUUGCAGAAAAAGAUGAGGAGGACACCAAAUUCAAGAGCAUCCCAGCGUCCUUCUGGUGGGCAACAAUAACUAUGACAACAGUUGGCUAUGGGGACAUCUACCCCAAAACACUGCUAGGUAAAAUCGUUGGUGGGUUGUGUUGUAUUGCUGGCGUCUUAGUGAUUGCACUCCCCAUCCCCAUCAUUGUAAACAACUUUUCUGAGUUCUACAAGGAACAAAAGAGGCAGGAAAAAGCUAUCAAGCGCAGAGAAGCCCUUGAAAGAGCAAAAAGAAAUGGGAGCAUCGUAUCCAUGAAUAUGAAGGAUGCUUUUGCCAGGAGUAUAGAACUGGUGGACAUAGUUGUUGAAAAGAAGGGAGAAAAUGCAGGGAAAAAGGAUAAAGUUCAGGACAAUCAUUUAUCCCCAAACAAGUGGAAAUGGGCCAAGAGAUCACUCUCUGAAACUAGCUCUAACAAAUCCUUAGAGACAAAGGAACAAGGCUCACCAGAAAAGGCUCGGUCCUCUUCUAGUCCUCAACAUCUGAAUGUUCAACAGUUAGAAGACAUGUACAACAAAAUGGCAAAAGCUCAGUCCCAGCCAAACCUCAACAUGAAGGAGUCAAGUCAACCCAGCAAGCAAAAAGAAGAGCUAGAAAUGGAGGCCAUUCCUGGCCCAAUGGUCCCUUUGCUGACUACUCGAGCAGAUGGAAUCAUCGACAUGAGGAGCAUGUCAAGCAUUGACAGUUAUAUAAGCUGCGCUACAGAAUUUCCAGACUCUGGGAGAUAUUCCCAUAGCCCACUAACUAGACUGCCUAGCAAAGGAGGGAAAAAUCUGCUUCAAGAUCCAUCUAAGCCAGAGGGAAGUGGAGCCAAAUUCAUGGAGAUAAAACCAAAUCUCGAGAGCAGCCAUUGCUCUACCUUUUUCAUAGAAAGUCCCAAGAGUUCCAUAAAAGUCAUGAAUCCUCUGAAAUUCAGAUCCCUGAAGGUUAACUUUAUGGAAGAGGAUGCCAUACGAUCAGCAGCAUCCAACGUCCUGAGAAUUUAUUCAGAUCCCCUCAAGAACAGGGGAGCUACAGGUGCCACUACCGAUAGUUCCGGGCACUCAGACCGAUCUUUAAUGAGUCCAGAAACCUCCAUUUAUACAACUGCAAGUGCUAGAACUCCCACAAAGUCACCAGAGAAACAGGCAGCCAUAGUUUUUAACUUCCACGAUGCUGGAAUACAUAAAUAUAUUGAUGCUGACACUGAUGAUGAAGGUCAGCUACUAUACGACUCAAGCCCUCCAAAAGCCCCACCCGUAAACACAAGUCCCAAAUACAGUCUUUCACACAGUGGCUAUUUGCGGCAAAGGGAUAGUGUUUAUAGAACAGCGAAGAACCAUUUAGAGACUGCUGCUAUGCCAUCUUCAUCCAAGCUUAUAGGGCAAAAUUGCCUUUAUUCCAUGGAAAAUAUCACUGGAAGAACCCGUGGUGCCCAGGAAACUAUCAAAUUAGACAAUCACAUUUCACCCGAGGUUCACAUAUUGCCAGGUGGGGCAGGACACAGUAACACACACGAUCAAAAUAUCUGACGUGUGCUCCCGAACUUUUGUUGAAAGCUGAAAAGGAAUGCCUUUACACUCAACACACAAAGAAGAGCUUCUGCAUGGCAUGAACCUUUGACUGAAACAAGCCAUCUGUUUUGUAAAAGCCAGGAGGAUGCCCUGAAGGUGGGCUUGGGAAUAAGACCUCCUCUGGAUCCACUACAAAGUUGGCCGAGUUUUGCUACAGUCCUCACGUAAAACGAAGAUUGUGCAGUUUGAUCAUAAUUUGAUCUCCUUGCAACUUCCUUAACUGAAGUCAGUGUGACCAGAUAGUCCAUCCUCUCCCUCUUUUCGCUGGACCUUUUUUAUGGCAAUGCCAGUAUUUGAUUUGCAUUAAUCCCAUUAAAGGAGGCCAACGCAGCCCCAGUCAAAUACUGGAACAAAUUGGUAAAUGUAAUAGAGUUAUCAGAAAUGCAGCACUUUUUGUUUAGAGGCAACUGUUCCAAACAUCCCCAUCUAUGCCUUUUUCUCCAGUGGAUACAAGGUCUAAAGGUAACAGGGUGGGCUUCGGUAGGUUUACACUUAAGUUGAAAAUUCAGUGAAUUGAGAAAUAAACUUUUUAAUUC